UCCACACCAGUUAUGACAGAAAGCACAACGCACGAAUAUUUCGAUCGUAAAUCUUCAGAGUGGAAUAUAACCGGAUUUUUGGAAGAAUGUGAAGUAGAAUCACUUGAGUUAAAAAUAGAUUGCUACCUAAAAAGCCUCGAAUAUAUUGCUAAAUACGAACAAGGGAACAGGUCUCAAAGGGCACAAACCCUUCUUGAUAAAUAUAGGGAACUGCAAGAAAAUGGGAAGAUGGACGCAAAUCAGAUAGAACGAUUGGUGGAUCCGCAAUUUACCUUCACAACUCAACAAUUGAUUAAUAACUCUGGAACCAUCAAUGAUAAUAAAUCGUCCGAAAAGAAUUUCUGUCCAUUAAAGUCACUAUUGGAAGAUUUUGAAAAAUUAGAAACGACCGAUGCUGAGGAUGUAUCAACUGAGGUUCCAAUCAAAAUAUGGGGAUGA